AAAACAACUAAUCCUUUCUGAACUCUGUUAUAACCUGUAGUUAAAAAAGACCUAGAUCACUCGUCGCUCGUUACUGAUUGAUGUAGGAAUGCCUAAUGUUGCCUAAAGUAAUAGCUGGGAGCUCAAUAGAAUUCUCCAAAUAGCUUUAGGGUUAUACAAUACUAAAACAUGACGAAUGACUUGUGUGCGAUCUCACCACAGAGUCAGUUUGCUGUCUAACGGAACGCCUUCACCCUGCCCCCUGGACAGUAAAGGAAGUUCGAAGCGUUCUCCUCUUACGUCCCGUUAACGCAUGCGCUACAUUGUCGGGAAGACUUCAAGAUUCCUUAGGGCGACAGCAACACCGGUUAAAAGUAUGGCUUACUUUUGCAAAAGUUAAUUUGUCGCUGAAAAGGUGGUUCGUUUAGGUUCUACAUUUAGAGCAACAACAUAAUAAUUUCUUCAACUAGUCUUCACACUAACGCAAUGUCUUUUAACCAUGAAACGCCGAUAAACAUUGGGAAUAGCGGUGAAAAACGUUUAAGCCUUUGCUGGACAAUACAGAUUUCUCAGAGAUGAAUUUCGGUGUCCCAGCGAACGCUCUCCUGUUUCGUGUUUGCGAUGAAGGCGACUACGAGAGUGCUAAGCGAAUUCUUGAGCCCGGGGCGAACGAGUCUGGGACGCAGUGCCGAAGCCUGCGUUUGGAUGCGGGGUCCGAGUGCAGUGUCGAUACCACCCGGGGAGUCUCCCUUGUUCCCGUUGACUGCUUUGACGAGGAGGGGAACACGGCCCUUCAGUUCUCGGCAGCCUCUGGACAUGAGAACCUGGUCCGGUUUUUGCUCCGAAAGGGGGCUUCAGUGGACAGCCUAAAUAACUACGGCUGGACGCCACUCAUGCAAGCUGCGAGGUUCGGUCACCUGACAGUGGCUCACAUCCUGCUGGAGAAUGGGGCGGAUGUCAACGCCCGUAACCGCAUUGGUGCCAGUGUUCUCAGCAUGGCAGCACGCGGAGGCCACGCCCAUGUGGCCAAGCUCCUCCUCGAAUCGGGCGCCUUCGUGGACGACUACGACCACCUGGCCAUCCCUGAGGCCCCCAGUGGAGACAGUGGCAGUGGCAGUGGCACCAGCACUUCCGGGAGUAGCACGGGAGAAGUCGUUCCCAGCGACGAAUGGGGCAGGGAGUUCCUGGAGGUGACCCCUCUACUGGUGGCUUCACAGCUUGGCCACGAGGCCAUGGUACGUAUGCUACUGGAGUGGGGCGCCGAUGCCAACUCGUACCAGAAGAGCACAGGCUGGAGCGCCCUCAUGCUGGCUACCGCCGCAGGGAAGAUGAGCGUGGCCCAGCAGCUGGUGGAGAGGGGAGCCGACCCGGACCACCUGAACGCCCUGGCCAAGACCGCCUUCGAACUGGCACUGCAGCUCAAGCAGAAGGAGGUGAAGAACUACCUGGACUCCAUCACCACGGUCAGGCCACAACCAGAUGACGAGAAGAGGAGGCCAGAUAUCUUCAGAGCUCUAAAAUUAGGUAACGCACAGCUGGUGCGCGAGCUCCUGGAGGAGGAGCCGUCCCAGGUGAACGUGGCCAAUGCGGACGGGGCGUCUCCCCUCAUGCUGGCGGCCGUGAGCGGGCAGCUGGAGAUGGUCCAGCUGCUGGUGCACCGCAGCGCAGACAUGGACAAGCAGGACACCGUACAUGGAUGGACAGCACUCAUGCAAGCUACUUAUCAUGGGAAUAAAGAUGUGGUGAAGUACCUGCUGAGUCAGGGAGCGGAUGUCAACCUACGAGCCAAGAACGGAUACACAGCCUUUGACCUUGUCAUGUUAUUAAAUGACCCUGACACGGAGCUGGUGAGGCUGCUGGCAUCUGUCUGCAUGCAGGUGGAUAAGGACAAGAUCAAGCAGCAGAGGAAGACCCCCCUCCUGCGCUCCAAGAGCCGCCAGUCUCUCAACAUGCCCCUCCCCCCGGACGACAGAGGGGGCCUCAAGUCCUGGUGGAACCGCAUGUCCAAUCGCUUUCGGCACCUGAAGCUGACCCACACCCUCAGACACGGGCUCUCCACCAAUCGCCUGACUCCCUUCUCUGAUGAGCCUGAGCCCUCAUUGGACAGCACCAUGAAGGCAGACCGAAAGAAGAGCAACACCGCUUCCACUGGGUCCAAUGGAGCUAUAUCGCCAUCUAGUGGACAAGCAACGCCAGACACCAGCACAGCAUGGACAACCAAGAGCAGAGACAGUGGUAUUGGAAGAAGCAGCUCUGAGAAAGAUGACAUUCUCAUUACAACAAUGUUGAGGAAUGGCGCGCCACUCACCACGCUGCCCAAUGACAAGCUGAAAGCCGUGAUCCCGCCCUUCCUGCCCCCCUCGAACUUUGAGCCGUGGAACUCGGACCGCUCCCGUCUGCUGAAGGAGGGCAAGACCACCGAGCCCCCGCGUCUCUCUAUGCCCCAGAGGCCCAGCAAGGCCAACUUCAACAGCAGUGGCAACUCAGACAUAACGUCCAUUAGUCGUGUGGUGAGCAGCAGAUCCAUUAAGUUCCCCAGCAUCGGCAAAGGCCCCUCAUCCUCCCCCUCCAACUCUGGGAACUACAACUCCCCUCACUCCUCAGGAGGCUCCAAUGGGGUCGCAGGGGUCAACCGGCACACCUCCGACUCACACAACCGCUCAGGGGGCAGUGGUGCGGACAGUGUGCUCUCUCAGAUCGCUGCCCACAGGAGGAGAGCCGCAGGGCUGCUGGAUGCCAAAGCCCCUGCCCAGGAGACCCCCUGCCCCACCCCAUUACCAGUGCUGCCCUCCGUGCCCGCCCUCCCCGAAAUCAACCUGCCUGACAUUCACAGCACACCCAACCUGAUAGGCAGCGACUUACACAGCCGACGGAAGGUAGACCUGAAGAAGCGUCCCCAGUCAGGCAACUCCUCCACCUCCAAGAGCACGUCCCCCACGCUGACGCCCUCGCCCUCCCCCACGCCGAAGCCUCCUGCGGGGGACUCUCUCUCCUCCGCCUCCUCCCACCCGCGCUCCAAAAGCAGCGGAGGCUCCAGCAGUGGCACCAUCACAGACGAGGAUGAGCUGACAGGCAUUUUGAAGAAGCUCUCCCUGGAGAAGUAUCAGCCCAUAUUUGAGGAACAAGAGGUUGACAUGGAGGCUUUCCUCACCUUGACGGAUGGGGAUCUGAAGGAGUUGGGCAUCAAGACAGACGGACCCCGACAGCAGAUCCUGGCAGCCAUCUCUGAACUCAACGCUGGGAAGGGGAGGGAGAGGCAGAUCUUGCAGGAAACCAUCCACAACUUCCAGUCAUCGUUUGGGAGCAGCGCCAGUAACCCACGGCCUCCAGGCUAUCCUCGCUCUCCAACAGGGUGGACCAGGCACCAGGUGCGCACUCCUAACAAGAGGUAGCAUCGGCGACCAAUCACAGACGGAGUUUUCCCAACAGGAGGCCUCUGAAGUCAUGUGACCCUGCUCUAAGGGUCUGAUUGGGGGAUGAGGUUUUCCUGGACGCCAGUGUCCCAGAGCACCUCAGUGUGUGUGAGGACACUGCAGCUCAAUGCUUUCCAGCCCUCUGCCCCCCCCCCCCCCCCCCCCCCCCCCCAUCAAGGGGUCUCUCCAGUGACAGAGUUGGGAAGCACUCGGGGUGGUGGGGGUUAGGGGUUAAUGCCACCCCUUCCCAUUUCGCAGUCAGCGCAAGAUAAAUGGGGCAAAGACAUGGUUGUCCUGACUCGUAACAGGCACCAGGUGGCGAUAGAGAGUCUGCGAAAGUUGCCUAAGGAGCCGGCAAGGUCAUUUUAGGUCUCCAGUAAGAGUAUCAUAUGGUGGGUGCCAUAUGUGGCUGGAAUGCUUAGUGGGUCAUUGAGAUGGGCACACAGUGAUAGCACGGAUGAAAGAGUUGGAAGGAAGGGCAGAGGUUGUGCUUUUAGAUGGAAGAUAUGGGGAAGAAUGAAAGAGUAAUAGAAAGAGAAUAUUGUAAUUUGUGUUAGGUAGAAAAAUGUUUUAUGUGUGUGUCAAUAUUAUUGUUGGUAAUGUAUCAAGUAGUCACUUGUACAAAAGCCGAAUCAUUUUGUUGAUAAGUGUCAGCUCUGAGCAUUGUUAAAUACUCAAAUAAAAAUUAAUCUUAACCCUUUCAACCACAUUUCCAUUUCAGUCUCUCUGUCUCUCUCUCUCUCUCUCUCUCUCUCACACACUCACACACCCUUCUCAAUCAUCCUCAGAGAAGACAGGCAGACCUUGCAUCUCUCUGUCUGUGCAGGAGUUUCCCUUCUGGUUUUGAUAAGUGACUCAGUGUGACCAACCCCAUAUCUUCACCAUUCAGAUGGAUUCAUGGAAUUAUGCUGUGCAUCUAUAUGAAAUAUCGCACGGCCACAUGGAAAUCCCUAGAGUCAAUAUGUCUAGCACCUAAAAGCCUCUGGCUCACAAAGAGAGUCAGGAGACAU